AAUUUCUAUUUGGCUCACACCAAGCCAUCGCAUCGCUUAAGCAGUAUUGUAUCAGGCAAAACUGUAGCCAAGGUGAUUGGGAAGUUCAGGGUCAAAGAAAGUAGUAACGAGAGAAAAGCCAGCCGCAAAUUAGCAGACUGACACCCCCAAUCCAGUUUCAGAUGGGAGCGCUUCUCCCUUCUCCCACCAUUGUUCCAUCUUCAAAUAAUGUCACCCUCUUGUUCUUCUCACCAUUCAUCGCCAAUAAUCCAUCUCCUGGGCAUUCAGGAACCCCGCAUAUGACUCCUCCAUGCGUGGACUGUUUCUAAAAUAGCAACAGCUGCUCAGCCCUGCUUAGUCAUCUAUUCUCGACCCAAAAAGGCGCAAGCGGAGAAUCCCUUAAAAUCGAUCGACGAGAAGACUGACUAGGGGAUUUGCAUGGUGACAAGCUCUUCCAUCCUGUUCCUGAAGCUGGAGCUGGUCUCCCCAUGCCUUUUGGAGCUUGACGAUGAGUUCGUUCCAUAACUUGGUGCUACAAGCAAAGAAGGCGCGCGCUGUCAUCAAUUACAGAGGAAAGAAAUCAGAUGCCAAGAAGAAUAAUCCGUCCAAGCACGCUGCAGGUCCAUCAUCGGUAUCGUCGUCAGUAGUGAACCUAGUUCCAACGUCGUCCCCCUGGGAUCUUCUCCCGGUUGAGAUCCAAAUCAAGAUAUUCGCCCACUGCGGUGUCACAGAUUUCCUACCGCUAAGGCUCGUCUGCAAGUCAUUCCAUCAGCUGCUUAACUCGCAGGAACAGUGGAUUACCCGGCAAUACCUUCGUCAGCGCCGCCAUGGAACGCUUCCAUCCCCAAUAGAUAGCGAGAGGACUUAUACUCGAAACCCAGAGGAUGAUGCAGUGCUGCUGUCGGAUCUGUUCCCACCGGCAAAGAGUGCCAAGGGUGGCCACAUAUACACUUUCAAAUACAUAUCUGGCCUGCGUCGCCGGCAGACACUUUGUUCAAGGCUCUGCUGCUACAUCGCAGACCGUGUCAUGGAUCGGUUUGUGCGCAAUGAGACAGCAUUCAUGAAAUCGAUGUUCUCCGCCAAGGCUGAGCGCUAUGUGUUUGUCCAGCGAACAACCGCGCGCUUAUGGUUUCAUCUCACUCCACUGAUGUAUUAUUCUUUAUACUUCCUCGAGUCAUACGCUCUUGCCAGGCGAGAGCAGACUAAUAUCCUUCUGCGUGACUGGGAAGCCGGACGCUUGCCAGUUCCUGUACCACCCCACAUCCGUAAAACUAUGUACCGGGAAUUGCAAGUAAAGAUAAUCAGAUCACCUCCUUUUACUGAUACCCCUACCCUUAUUGCCACACACCACUGCAUGCAGCUUCUAGUCUCAUACCUGCGGUACACUGUACCACCAGAUGAGCCUACGGUGUCGGAUGACAGCUGGAUUGGUUCUCUGCUUACAGUGUCACCAUUCCUUCGAAUAGUGGAGUACUUCUCCGCUGAGAUUGGGGACGGGGGCAAUCAGCGGAUGCAGCGGAAGGAUUUCAUGCACAACUUCCAUAACGACAUCACACUACAUGAAAAGGACGACAUCAACGCGUUGGUUUUCCAGAAUGCACCGAAUGUGCACCUUCAUGGUUCUGUGGAGGAUGUCUGGUUUGAUGUUGUGAAAGAGGAAUUAGCCUCAAGAAAGGCAGCGCCGCAUCCUGCAGAGCGAGUCAUGGUCUGGACUGGGUUGCCUGUACUGUUCUGCUGCCAAGACUGUCGCAUUUCAGAUGGAUGGCGCGCAUAAAGCAUUCGGUCGGUUUAGCAAGCAUUGCAUUAUUUGCAUUCUCAAGGCGAGGCGUUUCAUUGGUGUUUUGGUGUACUCCAGGGCGGAGAAUAUAUCCAUGUUGAUGCACGAGCUACUUGCGCGUCUUGGUCUUACUCUUUUGGCAUAUUAAUUCGAGCAGUCGCUUCUACAAAUGAUAGAAACUUAGUCUUGCU